AUGGCAGAUCAGACAAGAAUAUAUGAUGAUAUAAAACUAUAUACAACAUCCGAUAAGUUUUAUUUAGAACCGACAAUUAAUCCAACAGAGAUUAUGGUGAUUGACCGUGUCUCAGGUGAAGCUUAUGUCAGAGAAAUAAAUACUGUGAAGAUACCAAUACCUGCUAGUGCAUAUAAGCCAGUCUGUGGUUUCCUCGGAACUGUCAAAUUGAUAUCUGGCUUAUAUCUAGUGGUUGCAAAAUAUAGGAUAUUGGUCGGUCAAAUAAAUGGUCACGACAUAUACGAACUUGCUGAGUCCGAUAUUAUACCAUAUGCUAGAUCAACCACACAUCUAACUAGUAAACAGAUAGAAGACAACAACACAUAUGAGAGGCUACUGCGCGCCGCUUUAGAAGCACCAGGCAUUUAUUUCUCGUACAGCUAUGACCUGACUCACUCAAUGCAGCGCUUGCAUUCUGUCUCGCCAGACUUUCACAAGAUGUCGCUAGUAAGCAGGAGUUUUUUUAAAAAAAAAAAAAAAAAAAAAAAAAAAAAAAGGGCUGAUCCACGCUUCGUGUGGAACGGACACCUGCUCAAAGGAUACUCGCAGCAAAUGUUCUCAAGAUUUAAUUUACCAAUCAUGCAUGGAUUUGUUGCUAUUAACCGCGUGACAAUAAGCGGACAUCAGCUUAUAUGGACAUUAGUGUCCAGGCGUUGCGUGGAAAGAGCUGGAACGAGGCUGUUUAUGCGUGGGAUUGAUGCCCAGGGCAAUGUUGCGAACUACGUAGAAACAGAACAGAUAGUGGAAAGAGGUGGCGAAAAGUCCUCAUUCGUGCAGACCAGAGGUUCGAUACCUUUAUAUUGGAGCCAGUACCCGGAUCUGAAGUACAAGCCCCCAAUGUCGCUUGCUGCUGAAGACCACGUGGCAGCGUAUACCAAGCACUUGAGAGAUCAGCUGCAGAGGUACGGCAACCAGGUGUUAUUGAAUCUUAUCGACCAACACGGUAAGGAGGAAUCGUUGGAGCGUGGAUACCGCGCCGCGGUCGCAGCAGCUGCUUUACCAGCAGUUCGCUACGAGCCGUUCGACUUUCACGCUGAAUGCCGUGGCAUGAGAUACGAUCGACUCUCAGUGCUGUUAGACAGGGUCGCACAUGAGCAGACAGAAUUCGGCUACUUCCUUUCCCGUGGUGAAACCGUCCUACUGAAGCAAACCGGAGUGUUCAGGACCAAUUGUGUCGACUGCCUUGACAGAACUAACGUAGUGCAGAGUCUGUUGGCCAAGAGACAACUGCAAGCGUUGCUGAGACUUCUGACUAUCACGAACAGUGACGACCCCAUACCUCACUUUGAUACGCUGUUCAAUGGGGUCUGGGCAGAUCACGCAGAUAUGAUCUCCGUCCAGUACUCUGGGACCGGCGCGUUGAAGACGGACUUCACUCGUACUGGCAAGCGCACGCGCAUGGGAUUGAUUCAGGAUGGUAUUAACUCGCUCACACGAUACUAUAAGAACAAUUUCAGCGAUGGAUUUAGACAGGAUUCCAUAGACUUGCUUCUUGGCAACUAUGUUAUAGUCGACGGUGAGGGCAACACUGUCCAGUGUCCGUUACGUAGAGACAGGGACUGGAAAUACGUUACAUUCCCAUCCGUGCUGCUGGUCGCCGUGUCGAUGUUCUGUGCGAGUGCUGCGUUACCAGCGCGCUCCAAUACAGAAGUACUCCUCUACCUCAUGUUCUGGGGCGCCGCUGUUGGUGCCACCCUCAAGUUUAUUUUCAAACACGGCAAGGAAUUCGUCGACUGGCCAAGGUUGGACUGCGGUGGAGUCGCGACGAACCGUCUCAGGCCCGAGCCGUCAUUAUGA